AUGACAACAGACUACUACUAUGAUGAGAGCUAUUUGCAAUGGCCAUCAAUGGCACCGACAUUAUUAGCAGAGGACGUGAGUAGUCUCUCCGAAGCACAAGACAAGGCCCUGUCGAUCGUUCCGCUGUGUUCCGGAAUAAUGAGUGCCUGGGGCUCGGGCAGCAUCAUCUACAUGGUUUGCAAGGCCGAGAAAUGGAACAGUUACAAGCGCAUCAUGCUCGGACUGAGUGUAUUUGACUGUAUCUCCAGUCUCGCCAUUGGACUGCAACCAUUUUUUCUGCCGGCGGAUUCCUCACAAAGAGUAUGGGCCGUGGGGACGGAUGCUACCUGCACCCUGGGUGGUUUCUUUCAGCAAUUGUCUCUGGCCAACAUUUGGUACAAUGGAUUUCUCAGCUUCUUUUUCCUCUUUACCAUUCGCUAUCAAAUGAGUGAAGAGCGAAUGUCCAAACGGUAUGAACCAGUGUUUCACAUUAUAGCCAUUGGGCAUCCCCUCGUCACAGCCAUUAUGGGAGCUGCCAUUGGAGCCUACGGGGAGCUCAAAUUGGGACAUAAUUGCUGGCUGACAAACUAUCCGGAUGGAUGUGUCAGUUGUCAGGGAUCCGAAGAAAAAGAGAUCCUAAUGCACAAUGUUCUGCUCAUUUACUGUCACAUGCGAAAAAUUGUCCAGCAAACCAUCAUGAGUUCCAAUGCCACAGAUGCCGUGCCAUCUACCAACUCGGCCAUUAGUAAUUAUGGAAACUUGUCUGCCGAAGACUCAGGACCUGCAGUCCUUGCAACAGUGCCCGAAGAUGACAACAAGGUGGAAGAAACUCCAGCCAUUGGUGAAAAUGGGGAGAGCCAAAAUGAUGUCAACAAGGAUACUGCUAUAGAUGCAGUUGACAAAGAAACUACAAUAGCUAGUUAUUCUAAUCCAGAAGACCUUCCUUUCUGCCGGCAGAAUCCAAAUGCAAACAACCCGCCAGCUGCUACUACUACUUAUGAGUUGGCAACAACAACAAUAGAACCAAAUGAUCUGUCCACAGAGCCACAAACCCUCCUCUUCUUCUCACUCCACCUGAUGCCGACAUUAUUAGCAAUGUCAAACAGAUUCAGGAACAACAACGGCGAGAAGAAAAAUAAUGAUGCUAGACAAACCAAGCGACUGAGAGAAGUGGCCAGUUCAAGCAUAUUCUCUAUGUGUGCGAGGCUCCCGUCAUGCUCCAUUUGGGAGAUCAUGGCUUUCCAGCAGAGAAUAUACGGCAGCAGACGAAUGGAUCUGUUUCCCAUGCUCUUGCUUCGGGCCAUUCUGUGGCCUCUCCAAGGAUUGUUUAACUACUGUGUAUGGAUUCGACCAUCCUAUCUGAGAGAAACCUAGCUAGACAGAAACAACAAUACACACGUACAGAAGUACUGUACGCAGCCGACAAGGGGGCAAGGUUUUGAGUGGAACACAAUGCGAUAGCUAGCUAGAAGCCAAGCUGUUCCAUUGGAGCUUUGUACAACCAGAGGCGACAAAUUGUCUCAAUCCAUCAAAGCAAAAGCUGUCCAUGAUUCAUGACCCAGUUUCAUAACGUUGUGUUUACCUUUCUGGAUGGCCUGCUGGUCGGUGCAGCACACUUUCGCGAUUGCAGGAAGCAGAAGUACCGUCGAGCGACGAACAAAUCAUUCCGGCAUCUUCAUGCAGCGACUUUGCAGAGUUAGAGCUCCUGACGAUUCAACUCUUGAAAGCAGAGUCAUCGACUGCGCCAUCGCACAGAGUCGAGUCCACUCAUGUACAAUAAUGUCAUUGCUAGUUUCGCACGGAGUGGAGUUCUGCAUCUGGGUGCAAUCGCCAACGAAAGGGCGGGAGAAGACAUGGUGUUGGAAAAGGACAUGUUUUGGGCUCGACACUGCGUUUCGAGGCACUGACAUUUUACAGUGACUGGAAUGCAAAGUUUAAGUUUGAAUGAAUCAACGAAGGAAACACACUCAUUUCUUUCUCGAAACGACAGCUCGGGUGGGAACCACUCGAAAGCCAUUCAGGGCAGAGAACGGUUCAACUUCAGAAGGGACUCCUUCCGUGGCAACACCAGCAGUUCAAGGUUGAUCGUGCAGGUUUUCGUGCCGGCAAUCAGCAAUGGUCUGAUGACCUGGAUUUUGCAUCCCACGAUUCUACCUCGAAUCAUUGCAACCCUACGGAUAUCUGAAAUGACCGGGCCGCGAAACAGGUCAAUCGAUGAUCCCCAUCCAAGCCACAAGCUUGUGGGCUUCUUAAUAAAAUGUAAUGAGUGGGUUGCUACCUGUAUGUGAUUAGAGGGGACUAUGGGUGGGGGCUAGCUAGGGAAGGGAGAUGCAAACGAAAACAACUAAAUAGAGGGAUAGAG